CACAGACAGAAACUCUCCUGCUACUCCCUGGCACUGCAGUUUGUGCCUUUUAUGAGAACAGCUGAUCUGGAAGUGAACAGAUGUGCAGGUCCUAUUGUGGGCACGGCAAGGGGAACCAGGAAAUGGGACUUCCACAGCUCUUUCUUUUGCUUCGAGAUUUCGUAAGUCUAAUUAGACCACAGCUAGCCAAAGAGAAGAUUGAAGGAUGCCAUAUUUGUACAUCCGUGACACCUGGUGAACCUCAAGUGUUCUUGGGAAAAGAUAAAGCCUUCACUUUUGAUUAUGUGUUUAACAUUGACUCACAGCAAGAAGAAAUCUAUGUACAGUGUAUAGAAAAACUGAUUGAAGGUUGCUUUGAAGGCUAUAAUGCAACUGUCUUUGCUUAUGGCCAGACAGGUGCUGGCAAAACGUACACCAUGGGCACUGGAUUUGAUGUCAACAUAACAGAAGAGGAACAGGGCAUUAUAUCACGUGCUGUUAAGCAUCUUUUCAGAUGUAUUGAAGAAAAGAAACAAGCUGCUAUUAAACAAGGACUUCCUCCUCCAGAUUUUAAAGUUAACGCACAGUUCCUUGAGCUUUACAAUGAAGAAAUUCUUGAUCUCUUUGAUACCACUCGUGAUAUUGAUGCAAAGAAUAAAAAAUCAAAUAUUAAAAUACAUGAAGAUUCAGCUGGAGGAAUUUAUACUGUGGGAGUUACAACCCGAACUGUGAAUGGAGAAUCAGAGAUGAUGCAGUGCUUGAAGCUGGGGGCUUUGUCUCGAACCACAGCCAGUACUCAGAUGAAUGUUCAGAGCUCACGGUCGCAUGCUAUCUUUACUAUACAUCUAUGUCAGACCAGAGUUUGUCCUGCUUUUAACACAGAUAAUGCCACUGAUAACAGGAUAAUAUCUGAAUCUGCUGAGAUGAAUGAAUUUGAAACUCUUACUGCCAAGUUCCAUUUUGUUGACCUCGCAGGAUCUGAAAGGUUAAAGCGAACGGGAGCUACGGGAGAAAGAGCAAAAGAAGGCAUUUCCAUCAACUGUGGACUGCUGGCACUUGGCAAUGUAAUAAGUGCACUGGGAGAUAAAAGUAAGAAGGCAACUCACGUACCAUACAGAGAUUCAAAGCUUACAAGACUACUCCAAGACUCUCUUGGGGGAAACAGUCAAACACUCAUGAUAGCGUGUGUGAGCCCUUCAGAUCGAGACUUCAUGGAAACCUUGAACACGUUGAAGUACGCGAAUCGUGCACGAAACAUCAAGAACAAGGUGAUGGUUAAUCAGGAUAGGGCUAGUCAGCAAAUAAAUGCUUUGCGCAAUGAGAUUACACGGCUACAGAUGGAGCUUAUGGAAUACAAAACAGGUAAAAGGAUUAUAGAUGAAGAAGGAGUUGAAAGCAUCAAUGACAUGUUUCAUGAAAAUGCUAUGCUGCAAACAGAAAACAAUAAUCUGCGUGUUAGAAUUAAAGCCAUGCAAGAAACUAUUGAUGCACUGAGAGCCAGAGUAACACAGCUUGUGAGUGAUCAGGCCAACCAAGUUCUAGCCAGAGCAGGAGAAGGAAAUGAAGAAAUUAGCAACAUGAUUCAUAAUUAUAUCAAGGAAAUUGAAGAUCUCAGGGCAAAAUUAUUAGAAAGUGAAGCAGUUAAUGAAAAUCUUCGACGCAACUUGUCAAGAGCUUCAACAAGAUCCACAUACUUUGGUGGACCAUCUGCAUUUUCUAUGCUUUCUUCAGAAAAAGAGACACUGGAAAUUCUGGAUAUAGCCAAGAAAGAUCUAGAAAAGCUGAAAAAAAAAGAAAGAAAAAAGAAAAAAAGUGCUAAGGAUGACAACACAGAUAACGAGCAGGAGAAGAGAGAUGAAAAAGGCACUUCAGAGAGAGCAAAUAAUGAAUUGGAAGCAGAGGAAAUUCAGGAAGUAAGUGAUCAUGAAGAUGAAGAAGAGGAAGAUGAUGAGGAUGAAGAUGACAUGGAAGUUGUUGAAAGCUCAGAUGAGUCAGAUUCUGAUUCUGAUGAAAAAGAAAAUUAUCAAGCAGACUUGGCAAAUAUCACCUGUGAAAUAGCCAUUAAGCAGAAACUGAUAGAUGAGCUAGAGAAUAGCCAGCGAAGAUUGCAGACACUGAAAAAACAAUAUGAGGAGAAACUAAUGAUGCUACAACAUAAGAUUCGAGACACUCAACUUGAAAGAGAUCAAGUUCUUCAAAACUUGGGUUCUGUAGAGACAUAUUCAGAAGAAAAGGCAAAAAAAAUCAAGUCAGAAUAUGAAAAGAAACUCCAAGCCAUGAAUAAAGAACUUCAGAGACUUCAAACAGCUCAAAAAGAACAUGCACGACUGCUUAAAAAUCAAUCUCAAUAUGAAAAGCAACUGAAGAAACUGCAGCAAGAGGUGACAGAGAUGAAGAAAACCAAGGUUCGCUUGAUGAAACAAAUGAAAGAAGAGCAGGAGAAAGCUAGAAUGACUGAAUCAAGAAGAAAUAGAGAGAUUGCACAGCUUAAAAAGGAGCAACGCAAACGAGAGCACCAGCUCAAGCUUCUGGAAGCUCAGAAAAGAAAUCAGGAAGUUAUCUUACGUCGCAAAACUGAAGAGGUCACAGCCCUUCGUCGGCAAGUCAGGCCUCUGUCUGAUAAAGUGGCAGGAAAAGUGAGUCGAAAGCUGAGUCUGCCUGAACAUCCUACUCAAGAACCAAGUUCCAGCUCAUCAGUUGAGCACGAUGGUUCGAGGACAGCAGCACAGCAGAAGAUGAGAAUUCCUGUUGCAAGGGUUCAAGCAUUAUCUGUUACAAAUGGAACAGGGAAGAAAUAUCAGCGGAAAGCAGUGACAAGCAGAGUUUACUCCUCAAGGGCAGCCAGGAUGAAGUGGCAGCUACUUGAACGCAGAGUCACUGAUAUCAUUAUGCAGAGGAUGACCAUUUCCAAUAUGGAGGCAGAUAUGAAUAGGUUACUUACGCAACGUGAAGAACUUACAAGAAGAAGAGAGAAGCUUUCAAAGAAAAGGGAGAAGCUCAUCAGGGAUGGGGGUGGCAGUGAAGCAGAUAGAAAUGUCCAGAACAUAAACGAAGAAAUGGAAUCACUAACUGCAAAUAUAGACUACAUUAAUGACAGCAUUUCUGACUGCCAAGCAAAUAUUAUGCAAAUGGAAGAAGCAAAGGAAGAAGGAGAGACCUUGGAUGUAACGGCAGUGAUAAAUGCUUGCACUUUGACAGAAGCCCGAUAUUUGCUUGAUCACUUCCUCACAAUGGGUAUCAAUAAGGGGCUCCAAGCAGCUCAGAAAGAAGCUCAGAUUAAAGUUCUAGAGGGGCGCCUUAAGCAGACAGAAAUUACUAGUGCUACUCAAAACCAGCUGCUGUUUCAUAUGCUAAAAGAGAAAGCUGAGUUGAAUCCCGAACUUGAUGCUUUACUGGGUCAUGCUCUGCAAGACCUAGAUAGCAUACCACUGGAAAAUUUGGAAGAUAGUACUGAUGAGGAUGCUCCAUUGCAUAGCCCUGGGACAGAAGGAAGUGCAUUAUCUUCGGAUCUUUUGAAGCUUUGUGGUGAAGUCAAACCCAAAAGCAAGGCCCGCCGGAGGACCACUACACAGAUGGAAUUGCUGUAUGCAGAUAGCAGUGAUUUAGUCUCUGACAUUAGUGCUGCAGAAUCAACUUUGCCUGGCCUUCUUGCAUCUGCUGCAGAAACACAAGAAAGUGGGAUGACUGCUGACACAAAUGAUACUUCUGCUAGGGACAGAGAGUUUAUUCCCCCACCAUCUGGCUUACCUUCUAAGAUAGGCAGCAUUUCUAGACAGCCAUCUUUGUCAGAGAAGAAGAUAUCUGAACCUUCACCUUUAGCCAAGAGAAAAACAUAUGAGAAAACAAUGGAAAAGACAAAGGCAAAAGAUCAAAAACUCUCAGAUUCUGGAACCCCAGAGGCUAGUCUGUCACCUCCUACUUCCCCACCAAGCCGGCCCCGUAAUGAAAUGAAUGUUUUUAGUCGUCUUACUGUUUCUCAGGGAAACACAUCAGUUCAGCAGGAUAAGGGGAUAAUCAACCCAUUUCCUGCUUCAAAAUGCAUCCGAACUUCCCCACUGCAGUGUAUCUACACAGCUGAAGGACAUGCCAAGCCUGUGCUUUGUGUAGAUGCAACAGAUGACCUUCUCUUCACUGGAUCUAAAGACCGUACCUGUAAAGUCUGGAAUCUGGUAACUGGACAAGAGAUUAUGUCUCUAGGGGGUCAUCCAAACAAUGUUGUUUCUAUAAAGUAUUGCAACUACACAAGUUUGGUCUUCACAGUCUCAACCUCCUAUAUCAAAGUGUGGGACAUCAGAGAUUCUGCUAAGUGUGUUCGGACAUUGACGUCUUCAGGCCAGGCAAUGCCUGGUGAUGUGUGUUCGGGAAGUACCAACAGAACGGUCACUAUCCCAGCUGGAGAGAAUCAGAUUAAUCAGAUUGCACUAAAUCCAACUGGCACAUUCCUCUAUGCAGCUGCUGGAAAUUCAGUGAGGAUGUGGGACCUGAAAAGAUUUCAGUCUACGGGAAAGCUAACUGGUCACCUGGGUCCUGUCAUGUGCCUUACUGUGGAUCGAAUUUCCAAUGGACAGGAUCUUAUUGUCACUGGUUCAAAGGACCAUUAUAUAAAGAUGUUUGAUGUAACUGAAGGGGCUCUUGGAAGCGUAAGUCCUACACACAAUUUUGAACCUCCUCACUAUGAUGGCAUAGAAGCACUUGCUAUUAUGGGAGACAACCUUUUCAGUGGAUCCAGAGAUAAUGGAAUUAAGAAAUGGGACUUGGCUCAGAAAGACCUUCUUCAGCAAGUUCCUAAUGCUCAUAAGGACUGGGUGUGUGCUCUGGGCCUGGUGCCUGGUGCUCCAGUUCUGCUCAGCGGCUGCAGAGGAGGAACCCUCAAGCUCUGGAACGUUGACACCUUUGCACCAAUUGGGGAGAUGAAGGGACACGACAGUCCUAUAAAUGCAAUCUGCACCAACUCCAGCCAGAUUUUUACAGCAUCAGAUGACAGAACUGUGAGGAUCUGGAAAGCUCGGAAUGUGAUAGAUGGACAGAUCUCUGAUGCAGGAGAUGCAAGUGAAGAUCUGGCCAGUAACUGAGAAGAUGGGCAUAAAUAAAGAUGUUGAUGAAGUUGAAGUGCACCCUAUGCAGUUUGCUGUAUACUUAUUAAGUGAAUGCUGAUGACUGGAAUGAGCUGAAAAAUAAGAGUGAACUCUUCUACUAGACCUGCUGUCCUUAAAGUAUGUACUGUAUGUAGGGAAAACAAAACCCAAGGGUAGCAUUCUUGUAUCUCAGUGAUCACGUAUGUAUGUCUAUAUAUAAUGGCUGAAUUUGUGUGCACUUGUGUAACACUUGCAGUUUGAAUUAACUGGAAGUCAGUCUUCUCUAAUGACCAUCUCAAAAUUAUAACCAGGAAUAUAUUAAAGAGUGCUCUGCUGUAUUUCACCCACAAGUAUGAUCAGCUGUGUCGCAUUUUAGGGUAGCGAGGGACUGAUGAUGUCCUAUUAAUAAGCCUUUGAUUAUGACAGGCGUUGUUUCAAGAUUUUAAAGGUCACUUGCCCUGUUGUUAGGGAAGUGAAGUGAACAGGAGGAAGCUGCUGGGGCAGAUCGUUCUGAUAUGUCUGUGUCCUGCUAACAGCAAACGCUACAUGAGUUGUGCUAACCUUAGCGUAUAAUCCUUGUUGACCAAAGCUGUGCAGCUGUGUACACUCCGUGCUCAGGACUAGAACUAAAAUGCUCAUAAACUGGUAUGUUUUAUUAGUGUUUUGCCUAUAAUCUGUAAUGACUAGAUGUUCUUAAUGUCAUCACAGAAGUAUACCUUAAUCUAUUUUUCUUAUGAAUUCGUUUCUAUCAUCUCACAUUUUCUUUUUUUUUAAAGCAAAAUAUCUUUCCUUUUUAUCUAAUUUUAUAUGCUGCUAAAUGUAUUUUAAAUACACUGUUUUGCAAACCUUGGCAGUUACUUUGAGAACUGAACCACGUGUAUUGGGAAAGCUAUGUAAAUAGAUGGUUGUAUAAAGAAAAUAUCUUAUCAUGUGCCUGUAUGACUUUUAAAGUUCCUAGAAUGUGGAUAUUGAGGGAGGAUGUAUAAUUUAGCCAACUGCUCUGAAUAUUAAUUUGUAAAUUCUGCAGAUUUUAAAAACUUAUGUAGAUUCAGAUACAGUGUUUGGAUGUUUUUUGUUGUUGGUUGUUUUGUUUUGUUUUUCCCCAGAAAAAUAUGUCUGUAAAUUAUAGCUUGUGUAGGUAACACUUAAAUAAAGAUGUGAAUGUGAA